GGGCAAGAUGCACAUUUUAUUUGAUCCAACUCCUGUUUAUUUCUGCAACACUCACCUCCCCCCUUACUCUGAAUUAGGGAAAUCUGUUAGAAAAAAAAAUGCUGGGGAUUUUUUUUCCCCUUCCCUUCUGUCUUUUAUUUUCAAUCUAGCUCCAUCCAACCGCACGUCCAUUGCACAUUGAAACUAACACACAAAAAAGGGCGGAGGAACCUGUGUGCCUGUGCAAAAAAAAAAGACAUUGAAGACAUCUCGUGUCAAAAAGAGAGAAUUUUUUUUUUAAUUCCCCUUUCCGCCGAGGACUUUAGCAGCGAGUGAAACUGGCGGCUCCCCCCCGUGUGGAAUGAAAGCCCCGCCGCUUCUUUGCUUCAUUUACAUGAAAACCGCUGUUCGUGUGAGCCGAGUGAAACGCCAACAACAUCAAAAAAAAGGAAAUGUGAAAUGUACAGGCUUCACACAACUCACUCGGCUCUGCACCUCACAGAACCACAGCCACCCUUGUUGCUGGUGUCGAGUUGAAAUCCCACAGCGUUUACUGCAAACUGCAUGUCAGGCGUAUGGUGAACCUUUCUCUCUGUAGCUCAGGUCGAUAUCCUAGCGGUGGUAGCACGAAGAACACUGUAAAAUUAAAUCCAUGGUCUUGAUGACUAAGAAGUAAAAUGAGUCAACAAUGAAUGUCAGGGUCAACAAAACCAAAUCAAUACUAAAAAGCUAGCUUCGGAUCAACCCUUGACAGAAAAGCUGAGAAGAGACUUUGAAAUGUGUUGAAUAACUCUCUCUUAUCUAAACCAUCAACUGAGCUGCACAUGAGAGUGGGGCAGAGGAAACGAUUCUCGACAUUACCCAACACAGUUCUCGCUGCAUAAAGCAGAAGUGAGCUUCGCCAGCAACAAUAUCACCAGAGAGAAAACACAGAGCAGUCGUCUGAAAUGUCACCAAGAGAUAACCAAGGAGGAAAAUGGGUGCGAGAAAAACAGCAUUAAGUGACAGUGGGGGUACAUUGAAGGAUAUUCUUAGACAUCCACACCAAGCCAAUGGCAAGGACUCAUUAAAUUCUGUACGUUCAUUUUCACUUUGGGUUUUCAAAUCCCACAUCCAAAUAAUGUCUACAGCCUGAGUUAGUAUUGGAUUAUUUUCAGCUUCAAAUCAAGUUUAAUGAUUCAGAAAGACAAAGCAAAUUGAAGAGUUGAUAUUGCUGUAUUCAAAGAUCUGUGAAUUGGCAUUCCCUUAUGAAUUCCCUCCUUUGACUUUCUUCUCUUCCCAAACCAAGGAACCAUUUUUUUCACGUUUAUAGCCUGUACACCCAGACUCCGCCUGAUUCAUUCUCAAAAACAAAGGUAAUUGAAAAAUGUCGAACGAUUCAUCCAGCUGUAGCGAUGAUCGGAGUACAACUAACUUCUUGUACGCCAUCAUGUAUGCUGUCAUAUUUGUACCGGGCUUAAUAGCUAAUGUCCUGGCGCUAUGGGUGUUCCAUGCUUAUGUUAAGGAGACAAAGCGGGCAGUGAUUUUCAUGAUUAACUUGGCCAUUGCUGACGUGGCACAGGUCUUGUCUUUACCACUCCGGAUUUUCUACUACUUGCACCAGGCCUGGCCUUUUGGCAGCUUUUUGUGCAUGUUUUGUUUCUACCUUAAGUACGUGAACAUGUAUGCAAGCAUCUUCUUCCUGGUCUGCAUCAGUAUCCGACGGUGCCUCUUCCUGAUCCAACCUUUCAAAUAUAAUGAUUGUAAGCGCAGGUACGACGUCUAUGUGAGUAUUGUAGGGUGGCUCCUGGUGGGUGCUGCUUGCCUGCCCUUCCCCUUAGUGAGGCACGACACAAAAAACAGCUCCAGCAACUUCACUCGCUGCUUUGCAGACCUACCGAUAACUGAAAUUGGCAUCUCUACCUCUGUUGUCAUGGUAACUCUGGCUGAACUAGCAGGCUUUGUGCUACCUCUAGCCAUCACAUUGAUCUGCUCUUGGAAAACCAUCAUGACCUUGCGAGAGAAGAACCCAGUUUUACAAGACAGUGGGGAAAAGAAGAAAGCUUUGAAGAUGGUGCUGACAUGCAGCAUGGUCUUCCUGGUCUGCUUUGCACCAUAUCACAUUACCUUCCCUUUGCAUUUUCUGGCGAUAACUGGUCGUAUUGAAGACUGCUUCACCAGGAAGAUCAUACUGACCUUUCACCCCAUUGCGCUCUGUCUAGCCAGCCUGAACUGCUGCCUGGAUCCAGUCAUAUACUAUUUCACAACAGAAGAAUUCAGGAGAAGACUGUCACGGCAAGAAAUCUGUGAAAACGAUAUUCAGCUCAACUCCAAGGAAUAUGGUUGAAGGAAGUGCUAAGGGUAACGUUCAAUAUUCAGCUGCUUUGCAAAACUGAACAUAAGCGACACAGAAAGGUCAGCAAGUGUCAGCCUGACCGCCAUGGUGUAAUUUUUAUUUUUCAAUGUUAUUUAGCCUAUUUAUAUGAUGUACUUGUAUAUGUUGGGGUUUUUUUCUACAGAAAUGUGAAUCUUUACAAUGGUGAAGAGUUUAAAAAUACUUAUGUGGAGUGUUCUAUUUUGAGAAUUUUUCAGAGGAAAGCCAAGUGGGCUCAAAGAGUCGGGAGAUCACAUGUAGUGAUCCCUCUGUUGCCCAGUGAUGUGCCUUAAAUAGGUUUGCAGAGUGACAUUUCAGUUCUGUGGUGAGAUUUCCACUUCCUACUUCAGUCAUGAUGGUCAUUGUAAGUUGCUGUAUUAAUGUCAAACCGUAGGGGAAACACACAUUAAAGUUUGAUGUUAAUUUGACUGAUGAGAAAGUAAACUGGGUUAAGAAGUCAUUCAAAAUAAGUAAAUAUUCCAGCCAAUUAAUUAAGCCCAGGUAACUAAAAUAAAAUCUUUGUUUUUUUUUAAAAGAAAUCUAUUUUCGUCUUUGCAUCUUUCAAACUU